AUGUCCCAAAAAAAUCAAUUUGCUUUUCGGUCAACUAAGGCCAUUGGGCUCGUGAAUGCCAGCGAAAACUUUACCAAGCCAGCUGCAUUCGAGGAAGUUGAUGAAAUAGUUCGUGUUUCUUGCUAUACUCCUAACGGGAAAUACUAUGCAUACGCUAGCCCAAAUAAUGUUGUUAUCAUUGACACUGGGUCUGGAAAGACAUUGAGAGUUUUGCCAGCAGCAAACGUUUACGAGCUGGGAUUUUCUCCUCUAGGAAGCAUCUUAGGUACAUGGGAGCGCCCUGGCAAGGAAGCUGAUGGAAAUCCCAAGCAAAAUAUGAAGAUUUGGAACACCGACACCGGCGACUUGAUAUUCAGCUUUGUUCAACGUAACCAAACUGGCUGGAACUUGCAAUACACCGUCGAUGAAAAACUUGCAGCUCGUUUGGUGACCAAUGAGAUUCAUUUCUAUGACACUGCCAACUUGGGAAAGCCUCCAGUAUUCAAGUUACGAGUGGAAGGAAUGAGUGACUUUGCUUUGUCUCCCGGACGGAACCACAUCGUUGCUGUGUUUGUCCCGGAAAGAAAGGGUGCACCAGCCUCGGUUCGUACAUACAGCAUUCCCAACUUUACCAGACCCCUUUCCCAGAAGACAUUCUUCAAGGCCGACAAGGUUCAAUUCAAAUGGAAUGCUUUAGGUACUUCUCUAUUGGUUUUGACACAAACUGAUGUUGAUAAGUCAAACAAGAAUUAUUAUGGUGAAACAAAUCUAUAUCUUCUGGGAAUUACUGGCCAAUUUGACAGCCGUGUUGAUUUGGAUCGCGAAGGCCCUAUCCACGAUGUCGCCUGGAACACAAAUUCCAAGGAGUUCGGUAUUGUUUAUGGUUACAUGCCUGCGAAGACUUCAAUCUAUGACAGCCGUGCUAAUGUUAUCCAUACCUUGCCCCUUGCACCUCGAAACACACUUUUGUUUUCACCAAAUUCAAGAUAUAUCAUGUUGGCAGGUUUUGGAAAUCUCCAAGGUAGCAUUGAUAUUUUCGACCGCCUCAAUCAAAUGAAGAAAAUAACUACCGUUGAAGCUGCUAAUAGUACUUUCUGCGAAUUCAGUCCCGACAGCCAAUUCUUAUUGACGGCUGUCACAUCUCCCAGACUUCGUGUUGACAAUAGUAUUAAAAUUUGGCACAUUACAGGAGCACCCAUGUUCUAUGAAGAAUUCGCAGAACUUUAUCAGGCAUUUUGGAGGCCUAGCCUGUUAAACGUUGCUUUGGUGGAUGAUUCCCAAAGUGCUUCUAGCUUACCUUCUGCUCCAAAUGCUCACGAGUCUGCUAGCAAGCUGUCUUCCAAGCCUGCCGUUAAGCCUACGGGUGCUUAUCGCCCUCCUGGUGCUAGAGGCCAAGCUUCCACAUUCUCUUAUAAGCGUGAGGAGCUCGAUGUUUUGAGCAGCAACAGCGCUUCAAAGUUGCAAGCCACUCCUCGUCAACGUGUUGUUCCUGGUGCUGCCCCAGUGCCAGAAAAGAACAGCAAAAAGAACAAAUCUAAUAAUAGUCAGAAGGCUGCACCUCAACAACCUCCUGCUGAGGCGAGUGACGAGAAGAAAAUCCGUUCCCUCUGCAAAAAGUUGCGUGCCAUUGACGAUCUCAAGGCACGUUUGGACAAGAAUGAAGAGCUGGAGGCUACUCAAGUUAAGAAAGUAGAGUCCGAAGGAAAGGUUUUAGAGGAGCUGAAAGCACUUGGUUGGAACCCAAAUGCUUAA